UUCAGAGUCAUACUGCUAGCGAUCGAUGCAGCGAUUCUGUACUGUACAGGAGAGACGUCACGAAGGAGAUCGUCUGCAGCGAUCAGGACGCAGGACACAAUGUGAUGUAAAAAAAAAAAAGCAUGCAAACUUGCACUAAAAAAUCUGCGAAACAGCGAGGUGAAAGGUGAACCGCGUUAUAGCGAGGGACCACUGUAAUUUUGAAGGGAUUAUAAAGGUCUCUGUAAACGAUACAGUUUGUAAGGAAAACUACACUCAGCCUGAAUGCCACCCAAAUGUCACUUUCAACAAACAGCUGUUAAUCUUACACAACAGAAUGGAAAUAUCUGCUUCAACAUGUCAUCAAAGAAUGGCAUGAAAGUAAAGAUUAAAUUUCAGUGUGCUGAGUACCCUGCUGCUAACAUCAGUCUACACAGCGAAAGUAAAAGUUGGAUUGAUGCCUUGGAGGACUGCCAGACGCAACAUUUCUCCCUGGUUGAGAUCUGUGAAAAGAAAGUAAGGGAUGAUGUGAAAAGACUGCAAAGUAAAACAGACUCAAAGACGGGGGUGUGGAUUGGACUGCAAAGGUCCAUUUUUGGCUACAGUCCUGAGUGGAAGUGGAUUUCAGGGUAUAAUGUUGUAAAUUCACAGUUGAAUAGAACGUCGUCCGCCAACUCUGACUUUGACAACCACUGUGGAAAAGUCAUCUUUGACAAUAAGACAGAAGAAAUCAAGUGGUCCAACGCCAACUGCCAUGAAAAAUUACCAUACAUUUGUCAAAGAAUGAAUGAAAAGCCUUGUACUGAUGAUUAUACAGAGAAGUCAGAGCUUUUCAUUGACAUUGACUGAACUGAUAGCACCAAAGAAAACGAUACGCAGCGUCUCCAAUCAUCAUCAUGUCAAGGUGAGAUUCCUGGAGAAGCAGAUUGAUGACCCAACAACCCCAAUGUGUAUAUAUGCUGUUUGUAUGUAUGUAUGUAUGCUGUAGUGUUGUGUUUCACAGGAAAACUACUUUGGUUACUAUCAUUUGCAAGCUUUGUUAAAUUACCAGUUCACCCACCACUUCUCAGAAGUACCUGUAUUUGUCAAAGAUGCUUCUAUGUAAAGAGUCGAUGGAUUAUUUUUGUCAUUAAAAACCUAAAUAUCUGUG